GUAGAUCAGCGGGCGGCCCUUUUUGGCAGCCGAUUUCAAGGCAAGGGCGGGGCUCAGAAGCCCAAGGAUGACACCUACGCUGCCACCUCCAGGGAGAUGAUGGAGCGCCAAAACGAUGAGGCCAUCGAAGACCUGGAGGCGAAGGUUGGGCAGCUCAAGGACAUUACGAGGAACAUUGGCUCCUCGAUCAAGGACUCCAACAGCUUGCUCGAUCAGAUGGGUAUCGACUUCGACAAGGCUGCCGGGCUUCUCAAGGGCACCCUGGGCAACCUGAAGGGGAUGAUGGCGAACAAGAGCAGCAAGCACAUGAUCUACAUGGUGCUCUUUGUCGUAUGCCUGUUCCUCCUGAUGUACUUCCUGAGGAAGAUGAGCUUCGGCGGGUCCGGGGGUGCGGCAUCCAUACAACUGAAGGAGAAUGCGUCCAGCGGUGGUUGA